AUGGAACUAGGAUUGGCAUAUCCUUUAUCAUUAGAAAGGGAUUUCCCCAUCUUAGUAGGGAAAGUCACGCAAGCCAAAAUCAUAAAUCACGACGAAGUUACUUCUUCUACGUUUUGUCAAAAUUUAUUUUUCAACAGCGCGCUGCAGCGAGUGACUCAGACUUGUUUAACGCUGAAACAUCAAUGA